GUUGGUGGCAGCGGGCAGUCGGGGCAGUUGCGACUGGAGCGGCGUGUGACUCGUGUUACGUUCCGUCCCGUACGUGUUUUUCGCGCCGCGGUCGAAGACUCUGCGUGUGCGACGCGUCCGCGUGGCUCACGGUUUCUCUUUUCUUUUCUCUUACUUUUCUUUCGCGCACCGGGCGCGUCAUCGUUAAAACGGCCGGCGCCGCGCCGGAUUGUUGUGAAACGCAGCAGGUGACGCGCGGCCGGUCGCCGUCGCGGCAGUUACUGGCAGUUUACAGUUACCGGACGUUAUCGAAAGUGACGCAGUGACGCGUUCGGUAAAGGCGGAGUGGUGUUCUAGUGUUACACUUUAUUGUGCCAAGCAUCGGUUUCUUCCCUCGUUCGACGGCCCCUCGCACUCCAGUUUACAAUCUCUUUCUCUCUCUCUCUCGCUCUCUCUCGACGGACUCCUUCGCCGCACCACUCGAAAACUGGACCCUGUCGCGCCCGGAAAGAGCGUUUCUUCGGGAACUUUUGUGGCGGACGAUUACUCCGAUCGCUCAGCGUCGGCGGUGAGGACUGCUGUGGACACUCGGUGUAACUCGACGCGCAUUCGUCGACCAUCCGAUUGGCUCUGUCUUCUCGGAAUGACGAUCAGUGGCAGCGAUGAUGAGGCUUGAAAGUUACCGUUGAUUUGUCGGACAUCCUGCAGGGCCAUUUGUUUCCAGGAUGAGCGCGUCGCUGCGGAUUUUGGCUCUGAUCAGCUUUGCCGCGCAAAAUGUGGCUUGGCCACAGGAUCCCAUUCCUAGACUGCACCUCAAACAUCGUGAGGUGAUUGGCCAGCGGUUUCUGGGAAAUGAAAGCCAUGUGGAGCACUUCAAGCUCUUAGAACGUGCGACAACCUCUAUCCUGAUUGGUGCCAGGAACGCCAUUUACAACAUAAGUCUGCACGACCUAACGGAGAUCGCCGACCAGAGAUUGCAAUGGUCCAGCACUGAGGCGCAUCGCGAGCUUUGUUACUUGAAGGGCCGUAGUGACGACGAGUGCCAGAACUACGUGCGAGUGUUCGGCAGGCAAGGCCCUGAUCGCUUUCUCGUUUGCGGCACAAACGCCUACAAACCGCUCUGCAGACAAUUCACGAUCAAGGAUGGAGCGUACGUGAAACAGAGCGACAUGGAUGGUUUAGGACUCUGUCCUUACGAUCCGCGGCACAAUAGCACAGCGGUUUUUGCCGAGGGACAGUUAUACGCCGCGACGGUGGCCGACUUCUCUGGCGGAGAGCCGCUGAUUCACAGAGACAAAAUUCGCACCGAACGCUCGGAUCUCAAUCAGUUGAAUGGUCCGAACUUUGUCAGCACAUUCGCAUAUCAAGAUUAUGUAUUCUUCUUCUAUCGUGAAACAGCCGUAGAAUACAUGAAUUGCGGAAAGUCAGUCUACUCGCGAGUUGGGAGAGUCUGUCAGCACGAUAAGGGCGGGCCACACGCAUUUAGCGACAGAUGGACGAGUUUCCUGAAAGCGAGGCUCAACUGUUCGGUACCGGGAGAGUACCCCUUCUAUUUCAACGAAAUACAGUCAACGAGCGAUGUUACGGAUGGUCGAUACGCGGGGAAGUCCGCGCGUCUGGUGUAUGGAGUUUUCACGACCCCAGUGAACUCCAUCGGCGGCUCAGCUAUUUGUGCAUUCUCUAUGGACAACAUUCUCGAGGUCUUCCAGGGUGCUUUCAAAGAACAAGAGACUAUAAACAGCAACUGGCUGCGAGUAGCUCAGGAAAAGGUACCUGAGCCCAGACCCGGUGCCUGUGUUAACGACUCCAGAACACUUCCGGACAUCACUGUUAAUUUCGUCAAGGCACACCCCCUCAUGGAUGACGCAGUGCAAUCUUACUUUUCAUUACCUGUGAUAACUAAAACCAGUUUCAAUUAUAGAUUUACCAAAGUUGCGGUAGAUUCUCAAGUAAAGGCUUUGGAUGGUAAAGCUUACGAUAUACUCUAUAUCGGAACAGAUGAUGGCCGCGUUUUGAAAGCACUUAACACACGUGCACCAGAAUCAUAUGACAAUGUUGGUCAAGUUAUUGUCAGUGACGUCCAAGUGUUAAAAUUUGGUCAAGCGGUCAAAGAUCUUCUGGUAGUUCAUCUAGCUGGCGAAGCAAGUAAACUGGUGGUGUUUGCGGACUCUGAGAUCCGCGCAGUUCCCUUACAUCAUUGUGACUCACCUGCUGCGGCUACUUGCAGAUCUUGCGUCGCCUUACAAGAUCCUCAUUGCGCCUGGGAUGCAACCGCGAACCUCUGCGUGGCGGUACUGACGAAACUCCACGACAACGACGCCGACAAGACACUGUUUCAAGAUAUCCCGACCGGUAGACAUAGAAGCUGCGGGCAUGAGCCAGAGGUAACGAAGUCCGUCCAACCAGCAGUGGCGCGCGAAAUUGGGCGCGAAGAGUCCGAUGGGGAGAAUGAAAUCAUCAUCGAAUUGGAUCGGGAAAAUCAGUACGGUCGUACACAGCCAAGGGCUAAUGAGCCUCAAGGCGUGACCGUAACACCGGUAGUAUAUUCUGCCCAAACAUUAACGGGUGCGCUAAUAGGGACCUGUUUCUGUUCUCUGGUGGCUGGUUUCGCCUUUGGUUUCUGGUUCUCUCAGAGAUUACGCGGAUCGUCAUACCCAGAACCCUCCGAGCAACGACAACAACUCAAUCGACUAACAGAGAGCUCGGAGUCGCCUGGAUUCAACAACAAGUCCAUCAAUCUCGUGCUGAAUGUGCCGCCCAAGAAUCCGAAUGGCAAGAACGCGAAUUCGUCCGCGGAAAACAAGCCAGUACAAAAGGACCCCACGGGUUCUGGCGCAUCUUCCACCUCCUCUUCCUCCGACCUCGCGGAAUCGGAUGAGCGCAACGACGAGGACGGCGACGACGACGAGGACGACGACGGAACGACGCCCACAAGCCUCACCACCGGUAUCGCCACGGAUCAUACUAACAACACGCAUAAGCCGGACGAGGAUCACUACGAGGAUCAUUAUGAGAGUAUCGGGAAUGAUGAGGUCUGCACACUCGAAUACUUCGAUGGUUACGAUACGCAGCAACGAUCCGCAGAGGCUCAGAGAUGUAGUCAGUACCAUCAGUCCGAGUCCGACUGCGUCGAGACGACAUUGAUGAACGCGCCGACGUGCGAAGAAUCCGGCGGCAGCGACAGUGCAAACAGUUUUGACGAUCUCUGUGGGCGACAUCCUACCAUCGAAAAUGAUCUAUUCGAUCGGCACGGUGUGACGAGCAACGCGAGGGAUCAUUAUAUGGUGCCCACCCGAAGUCCCCGUGAACUUAACGAGAAAAUCCUAUCGCUCUUUAAUCCGCAAUUCCUGCCAAACUUCAACAACAUGGUCACGUACAUGGCCGCGCAUAGUCCGCCACCGCGAUCUCAAUCCAUGGCCCAAUACAGCAGGGAGGACGACAAUUUCCUUCUUAGGGACAGGAACUAUCGUAAACGCGACGAUACGAACUCAGUGUGUUUUCGACGAGGACUUACUCACGAAGCGCCGCGAGAGUGACAGUACUUUCGCAUCAGCGGACGAAGCGAUUCGCUCUCUGUUUAUGAUUUGAUUACGAGUAUAACAUCUAGCAACGUGACUUUGUGCAUCUGAGAUAUUAGCAGUGCUAAAAGUGAGAAACUGUAUGUAUCUUCUACAACAUUACGAAGAAGAGCCGGGAAUUAUUAUGGAUAUGGUACUACGUGCAGCGAAACCCCUCUCCCCCUUUUCCCGUAGCUUCAUAAUGAACACGUGGCUGAAAGUUACGUCGGAAAAUACUAUCGUGAUCACAUAGCGACACGUAAAUGUCGACGGCGAAUAGUCUCGUGAUAAGCCCAGGAUCUACUUUUUUAUAGUAUUUUCAAGCUUUGCCAAGUAUCGUCCGUCGCGCGAUUCCACACUCGCAACUACCGUGGAAUCAUUCUGUAUAGGAUUCAAUUUGAAGUCUUUUUCUUUUUUUCGUCUCGAUAAUAAUAAUAGAAAAAGUCAAAUGUAAGGGAAAGCAUAUGCCGACAACAACGACGACGAAGAUUGAAUCGUAGUAAUGUAAUGUGAUACCAUAUGAGGACUGUGUUCGUAGCAGUGGCCUGUUAGGUGCUUAGACUGAUGCAAGAUAAAACGAAAAACACUCUGUAGAGACAUUUAAGCAUUCGCGCGAAAGACGAGGCGUGCCUUCCGUGUAUUAAUUGUUGGCAGAUCUUGAUCUAUAACAGGAACGGAGUGUUAAUAUGGCCGGUAUAGAUUCGGGCAAGUGCCUCAUUUAUGCGUUUUGUUUAAGAUAUUCAAUAGAACGGAACGAAGUAUAGAAGGAAAGAGAAAAGAAAGAGAAAGAGAGAGAUCUAAGUAAGACUAAUUUGAAUAUCAUUGUGCACUUAUUGCCGUGCUGUGAGUACUGGUAAUGGCGGGGAAUACGAACGAGAGUAUGUUUAUCAAUAACUUAGCUCUCGCGGGCAUAUAUAACGGCAACAGUAUAUAGUUUCUUCGAGGAAUAUACAUGUUAAAAAUGCUAUGAUAGUGCAAAAAUUUACAUAAAGUUACAUAAAGUUGCGGCAAAAAGAAAAUUGGAAAAA